CGAGCCGAGCCCAGUCGGUGGGGCCGAGCCGUGCCGAGCGGGAGGAUGAGGGGCGUCCUCUGCUUCUGCACCCUGAUCCUCCUGGAAGGCAUGGCGCAGGCUGUUGGCUCCAGCAGGGACUGCCUGCAGGCGGGUGAGUCCUGCACCACCGACCCCGUGUGCAGCGCCAAGUUCCGCACGCUGCGGCAGUGCAUCGCGGGCAACGGCGCCAACAAGCUGGGCCCCGACGCCAAGAGCCAGUGCCGCAGCACCGUGACGGCCCUGCUCUCCAGCCAGCUCUACGGCUGCAAGUGCAAGCGUGGCAUGAAAAAGGAGAAGCACUGCUUGAGUGUCUACUGGAGCAUCCACCACACGCUGAUGGAAGGCAUGAAUGUCCUGGAGAGUUCCCCUUAUGAGCCGUUCAUCAGGGGCUUCGAUUACGUCCGGCUGGCGUCCAUCACUGCAGGGUCUGAGAACGAGGUGACGCAGGUGAACCGGUGUCUGGACGCCGCCAAAGCCUGCAACGUGGAUGAGAUGUGCCAGCGGCUGCGGACGGAGUACGUCUCCUUCUGCAUCCGGCGCCUGGCGCGGGCCGACACCUGCAACCGCUCCAAGUGCCACAAGGCCCUGCGCAAGUUCUUCGACCGCGUGCCCCCGGAGUACACCCACGAGCUGCUCUUCUGCCCCUGCGACGACACGGCCUGCGCCGAGCGCCGCCGGCAGACCAUCGUCCCGGCCUGCUCCUACGAGUCCAAGGACAAGCCCAACUGCCUGGCGCCUCUGGAUUCCUGCCGGGAAAACUACGUCUGCAGGUCGCGCUACGCAGAGUUCCAGUUCAACUGCCAGCCGUCGGCGCAGGCCGCGAGCGGCUGCCGCAGGGACAGCUUCGCUGCCUGCCUGCUGGCCUACACCGGCAUCAUCGGCAGCCCCAUCACCCCCAACUACAUCGACAACUCAACAUCCAGCAUCGCUCCCUGGUGCACCUGCAACGCCAGCGGGAACCGGCAGGAAGAGUGUGAGAGCUUCCUGCACCUCUUCACCAACAACAUCUGUCUCCAAAACGCCAUUCAGGCGUUCGGCAACGGGACUCACCUGAACACAGCCGUGGCCCCGUCCAUCCCCCCCACCACACAGAUGUACAAGCAGGAGACAAAUGCCAACAGAGCUGUGGCCACCCUCAGAGAGAGCAGCUUGGAGCACCUCCAGCCCACCAAGGUGGCUGGAGAGGAGAGGCUCCUGCGUGGCUCCACUCGUUUGUCCUCAGGGACCUCCAGCCCAGCAGCCCCUUCCUGCUGGGCGGCCUCUCUGCUCCAGAUGUGGCUUCUCCUCGCUCCUGCUGUGCUGAGCCUCCCCGUGAUGUGAGGCGGGGCUGGCACACACCAGGCAGAGACUCGAUUUGUGUUGGUUUCUUUACUGAACAACCAGAGCAGUAACUUUUUCAGGAGUGCAGGGAGAAGGGAGGGAAUGGAAAGGCAAGGUGAGGGUUUGGGCAUCCCUUCCUCCUCCUCAUCUGUCUGCCAGUUUAUUUGAUAUUAUAUGAUCAGCAUUGGCAACCAGCUCAUUCUUGGUCCUGGCCACCUUUCCACACCACAGCUUGGCUGUCGUUUCUCCAGCUCUCUAUGGAUGGGGCUGGAGCCAUGGACAAUUCCCUUGGAAAAGAUGAAGGAGAGAGUUGAUCCAAGAAAUGAGAGCUGCAAAGGAAAUGCUUUUUGUUGCCCCAGCCAAGAGGGGAAAGACGAUGGAUGGAUGGAUGGAUGGAUGGAUGGAUGGAUGGAUGGAUGGAUGGAUGGAUGGGUGGAUGGAUGGGUGGGUGGAUGGGUGGAGGACUUGUCAGGAGGUUUCCUGAAGCCCACAUUGGGGGGCUCUUGACAGGACAUGUCAAGUGUUGUGGAAUUCAGACUGUCUCCAAGGUUGCUCAGGACCUGAAGGACAAUGUACCUGGUUCCUUCAGACGGAAGAAACCAGAAGACUGGUGAGAAGGUGGUUGGCUUUGUUCACUGCAAAGGAACCUGGAACACCUCUGGGGAGGACCAAGAAACCACACUCUGAGCUGGCUGGCAGGGACUAUCCACCCCCUCAAAACCAUGGCCAGAGUGCAACCAGCAUCCAUGUCCCAGCUGUCACCCGCCCCUCGGGCCCUCCUCCUUAGGGGAGCCUGUGUCCUGUAUUGAUGGUUUUCAGGAAGAAACAUGUGUGUUGCAUUUUGUUUAUGACUGAAUUUUUUGUGUCCCAACUCGAACAUCUCUAUCCACUGGUCCUGUACUCUGUUUGGGGAUUUUUUUGUUACAUCCAAACAACCAGAGGCCAAUAUUGUCCCACUCCAGGCUACCCUCUCUCCAUCAGGGGCCAAUGUGUGAGCCCACGGGCAGGAUUUGCUGUGAGUCCAGCAUGCAGCACAUCCCACUCUCACAUGCUGCCUGUUCCUCCACUGGUCUCACAGGCACAGGGUCUCCAGCCAAGGGAUUUCAUUAGUUUUUCUGGGAAGAGAUAGGAUAGGUGAGGAGAGGUUUGCUAAAUACCACCCUGAGGACAGAAAUACCCAGCCAAGAAAGGCCAAGUCAUGAAUUAUAUCAUGGUUAGGGACUGGAUUGCUACAGGUUCCCCUCCCUGAAGAGCAGGCAGAGGCAACCACCUGUGUCCAGGUGAUGGUGAAGGGCUUUGCCUCCUGCCAGGCCCUGUUUUUUCAGUGAAGGCGUCAUUUCAGCAAAGGCGGCUGAAGUGAUCCUUUCUACUGAGCCUCAAGCGGAUCCCGGGGGGAAGCGAGGGAGAAUCUCUCCGGUGUCUUGGGGCACAGGGAGGCAGGUGUGUGACCCUGGACUACCUGAGCAUCCCAGGGUCUUUCCUCGAGGAGGCGACCUGAGCAGUCCCAGUGCCCUCCUGGGGGGCUGAACCCCUUUACCACGUUUAGCCAGGAAAGAAGAUGGUAAGGAAGAGUGAGAAGGUUUCCCAGGAUGAAUGCUUACCCCGGCUGAGUGCCAUGGGAGGAAGAGCAACAGCCCCAGAAUCCCCCUGAGUGUAUUUAGGCCUGGCCUUUGCAGCGUUCCAUUUAUUCCUUGUUCUGUGCUCCUCCAAUAAAUAUCAUUAAUGCCUUGGCAUUUGAAUGCAUGGAAAGGCUUAGGAAGCAUCUGACACAGCCAAGUCCACUGCUUUUUAUUCCCAUUUCCUGCAAAAUCUCUCCGAUUGUUUAUUGCUUCAGAUUUUCUGCGAAACUGCAGCAGCUUCCUUGGCUUUUGUUCCAGCAAGAAACCACUCUGGUUUUCAGCUGAACACCUGUGGAUGUGUCUGACAUGAACAGAAAUCCUCCUGCUGCAUCCUCUCCAAAGUGCUGCUCCUUGAGGCCCUCAGGGCUGUGGCACCCGGUUUUCCUAAUCCAAGGCUGUCAGAGGAACGUGCCAAGUCCCAAGGCUUGUGUGCAGGGUGAAGAGCCACACCCUGAGAUAAAAGUUGUAUGUGAGAACCUCACGGCCAAGGAGCUCCCUCCGAUCAGGAAAGCAGACAAGGAGGGAGCUACAGGCAGGAAAGUCCUUUCAAAGUGACCCCACACGUGCACAGAGUUGUUGUGAACAUCUCCCCUUUAUCCAGGACAUCAGUGUCUCCUGAGAGAUCAAGUGACACAACUCCGACCUGCAGCUUGUGUCCUGGGAGCUGCAGGUGGGAGAGAGAUGAAACCCUGAUUGCUCGGCCCUUCAAAGGCAAGGAGCUACCUCAGCACCACGAGGUCAUGCUGGGAAUUGCCAGCAAUUGUUCUUCCGCCCCUUUCCCUUCGGGUCCUGUAGUCAUGCUCUGCUAUUCCACACAUCUGGCCCCAUCAAACCAGUCUCCACCAGCUCCCAGUCGUGCACAGGCUGAGUGUCUGCAAGGGGUGGGGAUACAAGUGUCAGCUGCUUUCCAGGAGCACCCACUCCUGUGUCUCCCAAAAGUCAGUGUCAGUGAUGUUCAAGUGCCACUUUGCCAUUUCCUUCUCAUUCAGCAGAGAAAGUUUUUCUGGGUGCUCAGGAUGCCUGGCGACAUCCUCGCCUCACCUCUUCCUUCAGACUGGUUUGCUGUGAAAAGGGAUGUGGAGAAUCCUGCUCGAGGACUGGAUGGGAGGGAGGAGACCUCCAGAGGUUACCUAGUCCCGGUACCGUGUCCCACAUCAGUACCUCCUUUAACAUUUUCAAUGAGAGACAUCACCACCGCCCCUGGAUUUAUACCAUAGAAUCAUGAAAUGGCUCAGGUGGGACCUGAAAGCUCAUCUCAUUCCAGCCCUCCUGCCAUGAGCAGGGACAGCUUCCACAAGACCAGGUUUUCCCAAGCCUCAUCCAACCCAGCCUUGGACACUUCCAGGGUCUAAUCUUGCUUUAAAGACUCUGCAGAUGUUAGCUGUCUUACACAUCAGAGCCCAACAAGAUCCUCAGUUCCCAUGUCCUGUCCUCCAAGCCCUGUCCCAGGCCAGGUCCUGCCUGGAUGCUUCAGAAUUGAGUGAAUGAGGCUCAGAGCAAGGAGCCUCUCACCCAGCAGGAAAGAGUUGGGGGGAGGGAAUUAACAACAACAAAAAUUAUCCCCAAACUUUCAUGGCUUUGUUCUGAUUAUUUCACUCUUUUCACCAAUAUUUAAUGCUGAUUCCCUCUCCAAGCCUGUUCAUGAAUCAAACUUUGCAAAAAAGGAUGACUUCUGAACUUGCUUUUGGAGGAAGCAAACAUGAUUACUCUCCUUCCACCCACCAACGUGUGUGUACAGACCACUGUUUUUCCUUGUGAAAAGUCAGUAAUUUUUUUGGAUGAAAUUCCAUCUCUGCUGAAUUCUGUGAAGUGAACUAUGGAUCUUCAUUUUUAAAUCUCGAAUAACCACAGAAGUCAGAGCAGCUGCUUUUAAAGGCAAAAGACUGAGCGAGCCAAGAGACAGAAAGGGAGACAAUUUUUCUUUCAGGAAUUACUCCGUUCCUGAGGACUUCCAUAAGCACAAAGAAGAUUCAUGGGAAAAAGAAAGGAAAAAACACAGUUAAAGAACCAGCCAGGCUUUGUGUAGCCACUGAACUCUAUUUUUUUUUUGGCUGCACAGCACCACUCCCAGUGGCUGGCAGCCCUGAGAGCCUGUGAAAUAUUGUGUAUGUACUUAUAUUUGUCAUGCCAUCAUGUACAGCAUUGUCCAGGCUGGAGCAGGAGCUGGGAGGGAGGCCCAGGGCUGGGAAACGGCGCUGGAGCAGGAGCCCCGUGGGUGCACCUGCACCAGGGGAGGGUGGUGGGUGCCAGCCCGAACUGGGGUCAAACUUGUACUUACCUUUUCUGUACAUGUCAAUAUUCAAACAUAUCCAUGAAUAAAGC